GUAAAAUCAGUCUCUACUUGUUUGUGCUCGUGUGUGGUAUUCUCUAAUAGAAAUAAAAUAAUUCAGUUUAUAAAGGAUAAAACGGUGACAAUCAAAAUUCUCAUUACUAGUUAGUUUAUAUCCCCGUAUACAUGUAAAAGUAUAUUGCGUGGCUUUAUUUUCGUGGUUGCCGUAACAAUCCAAGUGGACUAAUUUAACAAUAUCCCAAAAUUUUGUUUAAAGAACAAGUGUUAUUAUUAAAUAUCCUUUUGGUUUACUAUAUUUUGAUUUAACGCAAUAUGAACAAGAUUCGCACAAACCUAUUAACUGGCAUGUUCGUUCGGCGCUUGCCAAUUCUGGACUUCAUUCGGCAUUCUUGCGGCGCUGAGGCACGCGGUGGCAAAGGUCUGGUGAUCGGCGUCUAUCAGAAGGAAGGCGACAAGGAACCGAAACUAACUCCGAGCGGUGAGAAGGUUAACGAUCGUCUCGGCGGCAAACUAACGGAACUGAUUAGUGAGACGAAAAUCGUUGGGCGCCUCGGCCGUGGUAAGGUAUUCAACAACAUAGAUGUCGAGUUCCGUAGCGUUGCUCUGGUUGGCCUCGGUCUCGAGGGAAUUGGAUUCAAUGAACUCGAAAUGCUGGAUGAGGGCAUGGAAAAUGUCCGUGUUGCUGCUGGCAUUGGUGCCCGUUCGCUGCAAGAGAUGGGUUGCACCGAGGUCUUUGUCGAUGGCAUGGACUAUGCUGAACAGGCUGCCGAAGGGGCCACGCUAUCUAUUUGGCGUUACACAGAUAUGAUAUCGAAAAAGGAUCGUCCGAUUAUACCGAAAUUGGAGCUUUUCGAUUCACCCGAUAUGGACAGUUGGACACGUGGUGUGUUUAAGGCGGAGGCACAGAACUUGGCCCGACGUCUGAGCGAUGCUCCUGCUAAUUGUAUGACUCCCACUCUAUUCGCUCAGGCUACGGUCGAUGCUUUGUGUCCUUGCGGCAUUACCGUCGAAAUUCGUACCAUGGAUUGGAUUGAACAGCAGCGUCUCAACUCGUUCUUGAUGAUCGCCAAGGGCAGCUGUGAGCCACCGGUUCUGAUGGAGAUAAGCUAUUGCGGCACCUCACCCGAGGAUAAACCCAUUCUAUUUCUGGCCAAGGGCAUCACAUUCAACUCUGGUGGUAUCAACUUGCGUCCAUGCAAGGACAUGGAUGAAUAUCGUGGCUGUAUGUCCGGAGCUGCUUCUGCUGUGGCCAUGAUGCGUUGCUGUGCCGCCUUGUCGCUGCCGAUUAAUGUCGUUUGCGUUAUUCCAUUGUGCGAGAACAUGCCCUCGGGCAUGGCCUGCAAACCGGGCGAUGUCUGCACAUUGCUGAAUGCACGAUCUAUGGCAGUGCGUGAUUUGGACAAGGCUGGCGUUGUCGUCAUGGCCGACCCAUUGCUCUAUGGGCAAGAGGCAUACAAGCCACGUCUCGUUGUCGAUGUGGCCACCUUGGGUGAGGGUGUUAAGAAAGCGUUCGGCGGCGGCGCUACUGGCAUAUUCUCCAAUUCACAUUACAUUUGGAAGCAGUUCCAAGCAGCCGGUUCUCUUACUGGAGACCGUGUGUGGAGAUUGCCAUUGUGGAAUUACUUUAAAAAGCAAGUCACUGAUGAACUUGGCUAUGAUAUUAGCAAUGAUGGACGUGGCCUGGCCAGUUCCUGCCUGGCAGCUGCUGUCCUCCAUGAGCUGGUGCCAUGCGUGGAUUGGGUGCAUUUGGAUACCCGUGGCACAGGACUGCUAAGCAAAUAUGGACUUAUACCAUAUCUAUCGGCUAACCGUAUGACUGGACGUCCCACCCGCACCUUGGUGCAAUUCGUCUACCAGAUGGCAUGUCCCGCCGAGCAAAAAUAAUAUCGCCCCCAGAUAUUCUAUGCGAACAUCAUCAUCCCCCCCCCCCGCCGAAAUGGUGUUAUGUUAUUCCUGUUUAUCGAUGAUGAUGAUGUUUGUUCCCAAAUUAUUUCCCGGAGUUAUAUCUAAAUUGCGCUAAGAUGUGUGUGUGUGGUCUUAAUAAUGCGCUGGUGUAUUUGUGUAUUUUACAGUAUGGUACGCAGUUCUGGAAUCGAGAGUUGAUGAUGAUCAACAAAUCGUCGGAUUUUGUCAAAUAUCUUGCAUCCCCAAGCCUUAAGGAAUGCCCAUUAACAUUUGUAAUGUUUGGAUACAAAUUCUUUGGUUUAUCAAUUCAUAUCAAUUUCUAUGUGCAUAUCCGUAUUUCGAGAAUAGAACCGCGUCCAGUAUGAGCUUAAAAGAUAUAAAAUAUAAAAAGGUAUUUUUAA